AAUAUAUUUUAAAUAAAUAUAAAUUGUUUAUUAAUAAAAAAAGAAAAAUAUGGUAUUAACAACAAGAAUGUCACAUAAAGUAAAUAGAAUUUCUUAUUACUAUCAUAAUGUUUUUGUAAUAUUUUUGUUAAUGUUUACAUUAUUUAUAAUAUUAAUUACGACAUAUCAUAUUUUUAAAUUUGGGAGUACACAAAAGCGUUCUGUAUAUAAUCCCAUUGUUCUUAAUGAUUUACAUUCAUUACCUGUACAAGUAAUAGAUGCAGAUUUUGCAAUGGCAGAUACCACAAAUAGUUCUUGCACAUACUUCAGUUGUUUUAAUGUUUAUCGUUGUGGCAGUCGGAAUAAGCUUUUAGUAUAUGUUUAUCCACCAAAACUAUAUGUAGAUUCAUUAGAAAGAUCUAUAACAAGUCAAAUAACAAAAGAGUUUUAUCAAAUUUUAAAUACAAUUAUUUCAAGUAAAUUUUACACACCAAAUCCAUAUGAAGCAUGUAUCUUCAUUCCUUCAAUUGAUACAUUAAAUCAAAAUAGAUUAAAAUUACAAGAAGUUUCACAAGCUCUGAAAUCAUUGCCAUUCUGGAAUAAUGGAGAAAAUCAUUUGAUAUUUAAUAUGAUACCUGGAACUGUACCUGAUUAUAACACAGUUAUUGAUGUACCUGUUGGAAAAGCAAUGAUCGCAGGUGCAGGAAUGUCUUCAUUAACAUAUAGAUCUGGUUUUGAUAUCAGUUUACCAGUAUAUAGUCCUCUUGUAAAUAGUCUUAAAUUAAAUUUUAAUAAUACAAGACCAUGGUUAAUCAUAUCAUCUCAAAUGAAUAUUAAUUCUGCUUCUGAACAAGAUUUGUUAGAAAUUAAAUCUAUGUCACCAAAAGAUAUUUUUAUAUUAGGUACAUGUUUUCACUAUAAUUCUAUGAAUAAUACAAUUCGAUGUGCAGGAGAAGAUGUUUAUAAGUAUCCUGAUGUGCUUCAAACAGCAACAUUCUGUUUAGUAAUACGAGGUGCAAGACUUGGUCAAACUACACUUUUAGAAUGCAUGGCAGCAGGUUCUAUACCUGUAAUUAUAGCUGAUUCUUUGACAAUGCCUUUUCAUGGUAUAAUUGAUUGGACUAGAGCUGUCAUAUUUAUACGAGAAGUAGAUAUUUUAUCAUUAAUAUCAGUUUUAAAAAAAAUAUCUCAAGAACGAAUUAUAGAACUUCAACAACAGGGUGCAUGGCUUUAUGAAAAAUACUUUAAAUCUAUGGAAAAAAUAAUAGAAACCACAUUAGAAUUACUUGCAGAUCGUGUAUUUCCACACUUAAGUAGAGAUUAUACAUUUUGGAAUAUACCAGUUCACAAGGAUAUUACAUCUCCAUUAUUUUUACCUAUUACUGUGCCAAAAACUCGAGGAUUUACUGCUGUAAUUUUAACAUAUGACAGAUUGGAAUUGCUGUUUUUGUUAAUUAAUAAACUUGUUAAAGUACCAAGUUUAUCUAAAGUUCUAGUUAUAUGGAAUAAUCAACAAAAAGAUCCUCCACAUCCAUCUAGAUGGCCAAAGUUGAGUAAACCAUUAAAAGUUAUACAAACAAAGGAAAAUAAACUAUCCAAUAGAUUUUAUCCUUAUGAUGAAAUUGAAACUGAAGCAGUCUUAUCAAUAGAUGAUGAUAUUAUUAUGUUAACUGCUGAUGAAGUAGAAUUUGCUUAUGAGAUAUGGAGAGAAUUCCCAGAUCGAAUAGUUGGCUUUCCAUCUAGAAUUCAUAUGUGGGACAAUGGAACAAAUUGUUGGAAAUAUGAAAGUGAAUGGACUAACAGUAUUUCUAUGGUCUUAACUGGAGCUGCAUUCCAUCAUAAAUAUUGGAAUUAUAUGUAUACUACUGCUAUGCCUGGUGACAUAAAAGAAUGGGUUGAUGAACAUAUGAAUUGUGAAGAUAUAGCUAUGAAUUUUUUAGUAGCAAAUAUUACAGGAAAAGCACCUAUAAAAGUAAGUGACACCAAAAAAAAAUUUCGAUGUCCAGAAUGUACAAAUACCGAAAUGUUGUCAGCAGAUUUAACUCAUAUGGUAGAACGCACUCAAUGUAUAAAUAGAUUUUCUUCAAUUUAUGGAUCAAUGCCAUUACAAUCAGUUGAAUUUCGUGCAGAUCCAGUUUUAUUUAAAGAUAUAUUUCCCGAAAAACUUAAAAGAUUUAAUGAUAUUGGAAGUUUAUAAUUAUAUAUAUAUAUUUAUUCAAAAUAUAAUAAUAAAAAA